AUCCUCCGCCACAGCAUAAGCCAGCACUGCUGAUUCUUAACAGAAACUCAAGUGAUAAAACAGAUUGCCUACCGCCCAAUUCUCUGGAGCCUGAGCAUCAGAAACCCAACUCUGAACAAGAAGAAACCUGCGAAUCAAACAGCUCUGCCAUUGAGGAUGGAUUGUGUAUUCGUCAAAACGGCACAGGAGAUCAUGUCCAAUCGCAGGACGGGGAGGUGGAGCUUGACCCGCCGGCUGUAGGGGAUACUGGGAAGGCGUCAGACAAGGCUGACUGUUCGCAGCAGCGGGUAGUAGGCAAUUCUGUGACUUUCAGUGCCCCUUCCUGUGGAAACCAGCGGGAGGAAGCUGAUAUAGAGCUCUGCGUAGUCAGUGCCAAACAGGGGGCUGCACAGCCUGAUAAAGGGAACCAAGAAGAGCAGGAGGCUUGCCAGAGGAGUUUAGAGACUGAAACAGACAAUAACUCUCAAUCUGGAAACCUUGAGUCCCAAGACAUGGGCCACGCACAAUCUCAGGGUCUCCUCCCCAUGGAAACUAGUCAGCCCUCACUAAGAGAGGAGGAGAGCGAGGGGAGUACAGAUCUUAGUUGGCGAGGGGACUUACCAGAGGAAAGGGAAGGGGAGACGAGUAGCAGCCAGGAAAUAGGCUUACACUCUUCAGCACUUUCUUCCCAUGAUCCAGAGGAAAACAGUCAGCACGAUGACAAGACUGAGCCCAAGCUGUCUACGGAAUGCUCGGUGGGAACAGAUGAAGUUAAAUUGACUUUAAUUCAGGUAAAUUCUGAGGUUACCUCAUCCGUACGAAUAGACGAAACUGUUAUUUCUGAUGGUGUUGACAAGCCACAUAGUAGCCUAGAGACAGAGACAGGAAAUCUAAGCAAAGACACCAAAGGCAACACUGAGUCAGUUUCUGGUUUGGUUACGGAUGACGCUAGCAUAAAGCAGAACUCUGGAUGUAGCAUUUCAGAGGGUGAUCCUUUGGAAUCGUUAAGUCUCCUGCCAAACAUGGCACCAGGACCGGUGCAUAAGAUUCGACGAGGGCUCUCGCCUGUUACUGAGACUUCCUCUCAUGAAGGUCCAGCUGUGGAGCCCUUUUCUGAGACUACAGAAAGUUUUCAACAGCCACACCAAGUCACACAAUCUUCAGAAACCACAUUAGAAUGUCAGGAGAUUUUGUUGAAUGACACAGACUGUGACAUCAGCACAAUAACAGGGAAUUCUGUUGGCAUCACUGCGGAGAUUUCGUCUUGCCAGAUUGAUGGGUCUCUACCUGAUGGAAGCAAGGAGGAGGUAGCCCCGAAUGAGAGGAUAAACAACCCUAAGGAGAUCUUUGAAGAGCCGGAAUCAGUUAAGGACAUUGUUGUCUCACAGUUGGAUGACAAAUCAAAAUCUUCUGAUGAAUCUUCUCUGCCUGUUGACUCGGAAACCUAUAUUGUAAGUGAUUUACAACAGGAUGUGUCUACAAUACUGCAUUCUGAACAUUGUGGAGCUGAUAUAAUCGUAGGAACUCCAUUCAAAGAAGAGGCAUCUGAAACGUUUGUUCAGCCAGAUUCUACGUCCAAACUGGUUGAGCAGAUUCCUGAGGAAUAUUCUGGAGAUACCACAAAUGAAAAUCAAAUUUGUGAACCAGGGGAACCAUCGGUUCUAGUGUCCACUUUGCAAGGGGAACCGGGAUUUAAGGAUGUUGAUCCAGAUGAACCUCUACAGGAAAGGGAAAUUGACUCUACUUCACAGGACACAAUCAGCGAGCUCCCUGAUCCGUCGAAAAUCACACACAAUGAUUGUCCUGAAUCCAAAGCACAGUUCCAGCUCCCUGAAUCCUCCAAGGAGAGUGCAAACACACCAUUAGAACCAACUGUUGAAUGUGUGAAUGACCUAGACCGGUCUUGUGCCUCACUCCUAACAGAAAGCCAAGGUGACAGACCUUCUGAGACACCCUUCACUGAUGGAGUAAAGAUCCCUGCUGUAAUUCCUGGUGGGGAUGAAUGUGAUGACCUGGCUACCGAUAUGUGCGAGACAACUGUCUCAGGGGACAGCCCGUGCUCUGCCAUAGACACCUCCAGUGGUUCAGCUCUGGAGAGCUCCUCCAUGUCUGACCCACUCAAUGCCUCAUCCUCAACAGCUGAGCUCACUUCCCCUUUGGAUAUUAAUAGUGGAUUGCACCAGGGUUUGGAACACACUUCCCCAGUGGAUAUAGACAAUGGUUUGUCUGAGGAACUGCAGCCUUCAGAAACACCUGAGAGCCUGAAUGGAUUACAUCAAUAUAUGCCUGAUUGUUUGAUGGAGCACAGUGAAACUCUUCAGAAAUGUGCUGAGGAACCACAUGUCGAACAAAUGACAGAUGACAGCACUUUAGCAGAGGAUGCGGUGGACGGACACCAAGACUCCUCAGCAGACAUAGCAAAUUCCGAAGCGAUCCACAGAGAGACAGAGACGUUUUAUCCAGUUGAUGCCAGUCGAGAUGCUGGACUUGAGGAGAAGAAAUCCACUUCAGUGAUUUCAGAAUUCCCCCCUUCGACACCCUCACCCGAGAGCGUACGUCACAAAGACUCGGCGAGCACCAUGCGAGGGUCCGCCAGCGAUGGCGACUCUCUGUUUAGUCAGGACUUGGGCGAGGACAGUGUUUUUAAUAAUAAGGCUGAGGACAGCGUCACAAUCACCAGCGGUGUGUCCAUGUCCUACUCGUCCUCCACAGAUGACACAUCCAGCCUCGGGACCCCUAGUGCCAUCUCUCAGGCCAGCACAGAAGCUCCUACAUCAGACCCCUGUCAGGAAAAGCCCACAUCUCCUGGAGCAUCAGGAGAAACAGAGGAGGAAGAGAAAAAGGACCGCUUGACAGAGGUCCCGGAGCGGUCGGCCAUUUUACGCACCUCCAUACGGUCCCUGUCCCCUUUCCGCAGGCACAGUUGGGGCCCAGGCAAAAAUUCAGCGGGGGAGAGUGAGAUUAGUCAACGCAGUACGGCUCGAGGUGAAGUGGAGCACAAGUCUGCGGGUCAUAGGAGAAGCAUGAGCUGGUGUCCUUCAGUUGUCCCGCGCUCAGAAAACGACGAAAUAAAUGGAAGAAGUUACAGCCUGGAAGGACUUGUAGCAGAGAAGGAAGGAAGGAAAAGCCUUAAUCAGUGCAUGGGGGAGGCCAGCCAGGAAACGAACUGUCCGUCGAAGCUGGAAAGAGAAGAGAGAGGCUCUCUUGUGUCCCUGACAGAAGAGGAACAGGAAUCAGACCUGGGCGACUGCAGCAGUUUGGACAGUCAGAAGUCCAUCCAGUCUGGACGAAGAUGUGUCCCACCUUCACAACCCUUUCUCACCAAGUCUGUCUCCAUGUUGGCCAUCAGUCACAAAGAUCUGGAUGCAAUCGGACGGCCGCGACCCAAGCGACGAAUCUCCUUCUCCUUCAGCAUCUCGCCCAUGCUCCCCAAAUCUAAAACACUCUUUUCUAUUGGCUCUUCAUCCAGUGAUGAGGAGGAGGCAGUCAGUACAUCAGGAUCGUUAGAGUACAGUAUAUCAGAGGAGGAUCCGGGGCCGUUGCGGAGUGACAGUGAAGGAAAAGUUGGAGGAACCAAAGUGAGCAGGACCUUCAGUUACCUCAAGAGCAAGAUGAGCAAGAAGAACAAGGAGAAGGACAAGAAUAAGGAGCGUGAGCGAGAUGCCAAAGACAAGGAGAAGAGAGCCUCAAACGGGCAUCUCUUCACUGCGGUCAUGACAGUACCCACAAUCCCCUGCCAGCAGUGCAACAAACCCAUCAACACUAGAGAUGCCUUCCUCUGCACCAAUUGCAAUGCACAAGUCCACAAAGGCUGCAGAGAGAGUCUUCCUGUUUGUGCCAAGGUCAAAAUGAAGCAGCAAAAACAGCAGCAGACCGUUCCAGAUUCUGCCUCGACGUCUGGUGUCACGCUUAGAAGUAAAACCCUGCCAGCACGGGAUCGUCCAUGGUCUGCCAUCUCCAUUCCCGAUGAUCAACCCGCUCCUCUCGCCCCUCCUCGGAAAAGCCCCAGCAGUAUCAUGUCUUUCAACAGCAACCCGCUGUCUAAGAGCAUGUCCAUUAAUAACAUUGCAGGACAAAUGGAAGACCCUCCUCUAAAGAGUCUGAAGUUUCUGUCCCAAUCGACUGACUCUCUUCACAAGACCAGUAAAGUCAGUGAGUCCACAGAAUCUCUUACUGAUGAGGGUACAGAGAUGAUGGACAGUCAGUUGAUGGGAGAGUUUGAAGCUGAUGCCAAAGAUCUGGAAGCAGAUUCAUGGAGUUUUACGGUGGACAAGAAAUUCCUGAAACAGCUUAAAAAGGAUGUUAUCAAGAGGCAAGAUGUCAUCUACGAACUCAUCCAGACAGAAAUGCACCACGUGAGGACCUUGAAGAUUAUGGCUGAUGUUUACAGUAAAGGGCUACUGAGAGAGGUUCAACUGGAGGUUCAGACUGUAGAGAAGAUGUUCCCCAUGUUAGAUGAUGUUCUGGACUUGCACACACAGUUCUUCUCACAGUUGCUCGAAAGGAAGAAAGAGUCAGGGAGCCAGGAAGAGGGUGGCUUUGUUAUCCGAAAGAUUGGUGAUGUGCUGGUCUCUCAGUUCUCAGGUUCCAGUGCCGAGAGAAUGAAGAAGGUCUAUGGGAAGUUCUGCAGCAGACACAAUGAAGCUGUGAACUUCUACAAGGAGCUUCACACCAAAGACAAACGUUUUCAAGCUUUCAUCAAGAAAAAGAUGAGCAGCCCUGUUGUCCGACGGCUAAGCAUUUCUGAGUGUAUAUUGUUAGUCACACAACGAAUAACAAAGUAUCCUGUCUUACUACAGAGAAUACUGCAGCACACGAAAGAAAAUGAAGACGACCAUGCUGAUGUAACCCAAGGUCUGAAGUUGGUGAAGGAGGUGAUUGCUGCCGUGGACAAUAAAGUGAAUGAGCAUGAGAAGAAAAAGAGGCUAAAGGAAGUGUACAGCCGGACGGACAGCAAGUCCAUCAUGAGGAUGAAAAGUGGGCAGAUGUUUGCCAGAGAGGAUCUGCUACGUGGGCAGAAGUUAAUUCACGAUGGGCCACUACAGCUCAAGAACUCUGCGGGCAGACUCAAGGAUGUCCAGGCUUUGCUGCUGAGGGACGUGAUUGUGUUCCUACAGGAGAAAGAUCAGAAAUAUAUUUUCGCAUCCUUGGACCAGCGCUCCACUGUCAUCUCCCUGCUGAAACUCAUCGUGAGGGAAGUAGCCAAUGAGGAGAAAGGAUUGUUCCUGAUAACGGCAGGCAUUGAGAAGCCUGAGAUGGUAGAAGUAUACGCCAGCUCUAAGGAGGAGAGGAACACAUGGAUGCAGCUCAUUCAGGAGGCCAUGCAGUCAAUGGAGGGAGAUGAUGAUGAAGGUGUGCCUAGUGAAAACGAAGAGGACAGAAGACUUCAAGAAAUCAAAGUCAAGGAGUUGAGAGAUCAGCUGCAUAAGAGGGAUGAGCAGAUCUUGACUUUACUGGAGGAGAAAGUGAAGUUGUUCAGGGACAUGUGCGACUGUGGCUUACCAGACGAGACCGUCCUUCGCAACCGAAUGCUCUUCAGGGCCACACCCAAUGACAUCACCAAAGGAGAACCAAUCAUGAAGGAGGCUCUGAAGGAAGUUGAAACAUUACAGGUUCUGGUAAACAACAGUCUAGGAGGAGCGGUGCAGGAUGGCGUAUGUGCAGCGGGGCCCGUGACUUUGCCACGACGGGCGGAAACCUUCGGAGGCUUUGAUAGUCACCAGAUGAACAUCUCAAAGAGUAAAGAUGGAGACAGAGAGGAGACGGAAGACUCCGCAGAGCUCCGCAGGUCUGAGUCAGACAGCGUUCUAAAGAAGGCAAGCAACGCCAAUCCCCUGCUCCUACUCAAGAGGAACAACGAGCAGGUUCUUCAGAGCGUCGCUCAGCUCCAUGACCUGCUGAACACAUUACAGGCUGUUAUCAUCCAGCAAGACACAUUCAUCGAGGACCAACGGCAUGCCCUCAGCGAACGCCCCCUGCCCUCUUCACGCCACCCAUCCGUCUCGUCCCUCAACUCCACCUCUUCCUCCUCCUCAUCACGGCCAAGCUCACUAAUUGAGCAGGAGAAACAGCGGAGCCUGGAGAAGCAGCGGCAAGAAGUCGCCAGCCUCCAAAAGCAGCAGGCCGCCCACGCCGAGGAGAGGAGGCGCAGGGAAAAAGAGUGGGAAGUGCGGGAGCGGGAACUGGCCCAGAGGGAAUCGCAGCUGCAGACCCAAGAGGAAGGGACACAGAGAAGAUGGAAAGAGCUGGAAGAGGAGAAGCAAGACCUGCAGAGUAAAAAAGAAGAGUAUCAGAGAGACCUGGCACGGCUCAGAGACAGCCAGAAGAGACUGGAAAGAGAACGAGAGCAAGUACAGAGAGAGGCAGAGCAGAUCAGACAAACCGAGGAGUUAAGGAAGAACCGAACCCCUUCCACCACAUCUGAGGAUUCCUCAAAGUUCCAGAGCACUGGUUCAUUGGACCGCGACCCCUCAGAGGUGGAGCUCUCCUCGUCCCCGUCUGCCAGAGACUUCCUGUCCCGCAUGGACUCCAAACGCAAAGGGAAGAACCUCAAUCCAUUCUCCUCCAAUUCAAGCCAGAAAUGCCAGAACAGCGAGGCGCAGAGCCAGGUCCCCAGCCGCCUGCUACAGCUGGCCAAACCCAAGGAGAAGAAGGACAAGAAGAAGAAGAAGGGAAAAGGGCAGCAGAGCCAGGCUGCAGAUUCUCAGAGCGCUGUGGUUCCAGGCUCUACCCCGGACGGAGAGAUCUUUUUCUGCUGAUUCGGCCCCCUCUUCAUCUUCCACUAUCCCACAAUGCCUCCAUGCAGGGCUGCUGGUCUCUGGUUGUGGACUUGUAAACCAGAGUAAGAAGCACAUACCUGUGGUCCCGAUGGGUGUCAGGCCUGGACAGGAAGUUUCCUGUGACAUGAUUUUCAGCGGCCAGCAUACUGCACAGUGCCUUCCAGGCCUCACAUACACCUAUGAACACUAGCAGGGACCUGGAGCACGAGUUUGGGGAACAGAUCAUGUCAGAUAAACCUACCGCGGGAACUUUCUCACACACAGACUUCCUGUAAAAAUCAAAAAGAGAUUUAUAACGGCAAGUGGCAUCACGCUGAGAGACAGCUGGCUUUCCAACGACAGCAAAAGUCAGUUUCUGAAGGACAUUUGACUAAUGAAGAUACUAAUAAUCAAAGUGAGUGAACUCAAAUUGCAGUUUGCAAUGCAGUGACUAAGUUUCUACAUAUUUCCAUCCUUUUCUUUCAACCCCGACAUGUUACAAUGUGCCUCACUAAUACUGGACCAGACUUGGUUUAAAUACAGUCCCAAGGUUUUAUUUCUUUUAAAAAAGGCCGCAAAAUACUUUUUAUGAAUAGAAGGGAUGCUUUGGAAAACAAUUUAGUGGGCACGACAGAAAUGGAAGUGCAAAAGAGUGUAACAAAUAUUGUCUCUUUUUUAUUUAUUUUUUUUAAAUUGUUUUUGUUAAUCACAUUUCCAUCCCUAAAUGACUGAAAAUUCAUGUUUCACUGAAAAAAAAAGUUUUGUUGUGACUCCAAAGGCUUCACAAACCCCACAGAAGUUGUUUUCUUUUCUUAUAAACCUCAAUGCAAUUUAAAUCCUUAGCACUUUAUAAGCACACGUCGAGUGGGAAAAAAUGGCUGGCUUUAAAACGAGACAAUCGAUCAGCUCCACUUAACUGGUAAACGGCCUCCUUUGUACGUGCGAGGUUUUAUUUGAUAAUCUUUUACUGUACCAUAUGAAUGUUAUGUAAAUUUGUUAAACCAAACACAAAGCUAGCUUUCAUAUUAAGCUACCAAAAGAGAGGGUGUUUUCAACUGCAGUAUUUUUUCUUUUUAAAGAUUAUUAAACACAAUUUGAACGAGAUGAGGGAUUCAACUUUAUGUAGGCUAACAAAUUCAAGUUGUAUUAGCUACAAAGUAUCGCAGUUAUACGCUCAAGCCAGAAAUGUCGAUUUGACAGGUAAAAGUAUGAUGGAUAUAGCCUACAUUGUGUUGGUGUAUUAAACGCUUGGUUUGUACCCUCAAAUAACUAGAUUUUAGCCAGUCAAAGCCCUCGCCUGCUGGCCAGGCUAACCGUUCUGUUGAACAUGAGGAAAUAUUUUAAAAAGAAAGGGGAAAUUGUGCAGAUAAAAAGUGUUAAUUUAAGCUUUCUACUCUGUUUUUUUUAUUUUCUUGCCAUUAAACUUCUACCUAACACGCCUCUCUAAUGCAUUAGAGUGAUGAAUGUCUCAUGAUUCAUUUAUCGAUCAGUUCCCUCUGCCCUCUUGGGAUUUAAUUUAUACGUCCGAGAGAUUUUUUUAUUACCCGUCAGCAUGUUCCCGCAGCUGCUGACGCUGACAUUCUGCAUGCUGGUACGUUAUGGUGCUAAACUGAGAAUUGAAAAGCCUUAACCAACAGAGGGCGCUGUGGCGAUGUUCAUCCGCUGUCAUUUCCCUUGUCUCUCCUGAAGCGUAACACACUUCAGACUUUACAAAACGCUUUGUUUUGUCGGAUAACUGAGUAAUGCUCACGUUCUUUAAGUAGCCUUACAUAUUCCCCAGAUCCUGCAGUGUUUGUCAGUUCUUUUUUAUCGCCAAAUCUUCCUUCAGGGAAACAGAUAUAACUCAAAAUGAAUUAUUACUAGCACAAUUAAAUAUGCUCGGAAGUAUUCUCGCUCAUUUGACUCAUUUUGACUGCACUAAAGAAGAAUCCAAAUCGUCACGUUAAUGCAAAUCAAACUUAUGUCUGCUUCACGCAAUGGACCCUUAUGUGGACACUGUAUUUAAAUUUCAUUUUUCACAAGUUAAAUUGAUUGUUCUGCUGACACAACAUUUAAAAUACAUUUCUCAAAAACCCCUGGAGUCAAAAAAUAAUGUUUUAUUAAAGUUACACUGGGCUUUUUCCCUUCACAGCCUCGUUUUCAUUCACGAAAAAUUUAACAUGGCGUCUACCAUCUUUAGGUCUGUGGUUACUAAGAGGUACCGUAAUUUCUUGUCCAAUUUUGUGUAAAAAAUGGGCAAAAUACCACAAAUUCUGUAAAUAUCUGUAAUGUAAAAAAAGAAAUUGAAAAAGUAUUAAUUAUGGAUUUUCUUUUUGUGCUUUGAUUUAAAGCUUUUUAUAACUAGCUUUAUUUAUCAGCAUUCUCGGUGUUAGAGAGAUGAAAAAUGUACAUAAAAAAAAUCUUAAUAAAAAAAAAACUAUGUACAUCA